AUGGCCGAGGGCAGAAGUGGCAGCGCUGGGCUCUUCGCCAAGCAGGUCCAGAAACACUUCAGCCGUGCCCAGGAGAAGGUUCUACAAAAACUGGGCAAAACUGUGGAAACCAAAGACGAACAGUUCGAGCAGAGCGCGGGAAACUUCCACCUGCAGCAGAGUGAAGGUCAUAGGCUCUACAAGGAGCUCAAGGGCUUCGUGGGAGCGGUGAGAGUGAUGCACGAGAGCUCCCGGAGAGUGGCUGAGACGCUGCAGGACAUCUACAGCUCCGAUUGGGAUGGGCACGAGGAGCUCCGAGCCAUCGCCAACAGCAAUGACCUGCUGUGGGAGGACUACGAGGACAAGUUGAGCGACCAAGUCCUGCGGCUCAUGGACAACUACCUGGCUCAGUUUGGGGACUUUAAGGAGCGCAUUGCCAAGCGUGGCAGAAAACUGGUGGACUACGACAGCGCUCGGCACCACCUGGAAGCUCUGCAAAGCGCCAAGAAGAAGGAUGAGGCCAAAAUCGCCAAGGCUGAGGAGGAGUUCAAUAAAGCCCAAGCAGUGUUUGAGGAGCUCAACAGGGACCUGCGGGAGGAACUGCCCGUCCUGUAUGGCAGCCGCAUUGCCUGCUACGUGACCAUCUUCCAGAACAUCUCCAACCUCCGCGACGUCUUCUACAAGGAGAUGAGCAAGCUCAACCGGGACCUGUACGAGGUGAUGAGCAAACUGGAGAAGCAACACUCCAGCAAGGUGUUCAUCAUCAAAGGUGUUUCCUCCAGCAACCGCCGCUCUCUGGUCAUCUCCUCCCCCGUGAGUCCUCCAGCAAUGUUCCCCUGCCCGGACAAGGCACCUGUGGUGGACACGGAGGUGACACCUCUGUUCCCUGGUGGGGCCAGAGCUGCCACCGAUGCCACAACCAACGGGGACCUGGGGGCUGUCCCUCCUGGUCCACCUCCUGCUUCCCCUGCCAGUGGGGGGUCCCUGGACACGGUGUCGGUGUCCAGUGAGGAGGUCCCAGAACAUGGUCCUGGUCAUGAUUCUUCAUCCCUGGAGCAGGGGACAGCGGGGACAGGGUCAAUGUCCAGUGAGGAGGUCCCAGAACAUGGUCCUGGUCAUGAUUCUUCAUCCCUGGAGCAGGGGACAGCGGGGACAGGGUCAAUGUCCAGUGAGGAGGUCCCAGAACAUGGUCCUGGUCAUGAUUCUUCAUCCCUGGAGCAGGGGACAGCGGGGACAGGGUCAAUGUCCAGUGAGGAGGUCCCAGAACAUGGUCCUGGUCAUGAUUCUUCAUCCCUGGAGCAGGGGACAGCGGGGACAGGGUCAAUGUCCAGUGAGGAGGUCCCAGAACAUGGUCCUGGUCAUGAUUCUUCAUCCCUGGAGCAGGGGACAGUGGGGACAGGGUCAAUGUCCAGUGAGGAGACCCCAGAGCAUGGUCUUGGUCAUGAUUCUUCAUCCCUGGAGCAGGUGACAGCAGCAGAUCCAGGUGCUGUCCCCUCCAUCCAGUACUGCCCAGAGCCUGGAGGUGCCAGCAAGGCACAAGGAGGGCCCGAGGGCAUUGCCACCUCACUGGUAGCACUGAUUUUAUCCGAGGCCCUGGCCCAGGCUGCUGCCACCACCUCCCCAGGGUUGGGGACAGCCACGGCCACCACGGAGCAGGGUCAGGCACUGCCAGGGGGAUCACUGCCCCCUAGUCUGAGUGGCCACAGCGGUGUCCUCCAGGAUGGGCAGGGACAGGGACAGCUCAGCCGCACCAGGGACAGCCCAGAGACCAAGGAUGAUCUGCCAAAGGAUUGUCCCUGGACACCAGAGCAGGAUACGAUCCAGAGCCUGAGCCAGGACCCCCCACCCACAGCAUCCCCCACCCAGGACCCCCCUGAACCCCUCAACAUUCCAUGA